UGGCAAGAGUGUAUGUGUGUUUCCCAGUGUUGGGGUGCAGCUAAAAGGACAUCCACUGCGUAAAACAUAUGCUGGAUAAGUUGGCGGUUCAUUCCGCUGUGGCGACAUAAGCUUGCUAAAAAAGGGACUUAGCUAAAAAUAAAAUAAAUGAAUGAAUGAUUUAGAGCGAUGACCCUGAGAAAGGAAGAUGGCAGAGUUUGGCCACAGCAGAUUUUCCACAAAGGGUUUUUUGUAAAUGAUGUAACCAAAGGAUGUGAAACCAUCUUCAGUCUAUGUGAAGUAAAGGUGAGUGGAGAAACUAAAGCUAGCAGAGCUCUGAGUGCUCGGACCUCAAACAAGACCAACACUGAGCAGAAGCAGAUCUCAGGAUGGCGGACGUAGAGAACCAAAAACCUGUGACUGAAAGUGGCCCCAGUGGACCGAUGUAUCCCCCACCUCCAUAUAUGCCCCCUUCGUAUCCCAUCGGCCCCGUUUACCCACAACCUGUUCCUCCACCAGUCGGCUUUAUUGCACCAGUUCUGCCACCAGAAGAAGCCGCAGUUGACAAAACAGAAGAAAUGGGCCCAGAAACUGCUGUAAUUCCACCUGUGGAGCAUCAGGUGUUUGUGUCUGCAUUUGACGAUAAUACAGUCCAGAAAGCAUUUAUCAGAAAGGUGUUCAGUGUGGUAACUAUUCAGCUACUGGUCACAUUUACUGUAGUCUGCGUCUUCACCUUCUCAAAAACAGUCAAGCAAGCGGUCCAGAAGAACAUCUGGAUUUACAUCAGUUCGUAUAUUGUGUUUAUGGUGGUGGCCCUGUGUCUCUCUGUGUCCUCCACAUUCAGUCGCAAACAUCCCUGGAAUCUGGUGGGACUGUCAUUGGUAACGCUGAGUUUAUCCUACAUGGUGGGAACUGUAGCCUCAUAUCACAACACAACUGCUGUGAUCAUCGCUUUAGGGUCAACUCUGGUCAUCUCUUUCACUAUCAUCAUCUUCUCUGCCCAGACUCGUUUGGACUUCACUAUUUGUAAUGGUGUUCUGCUCAUACUGUCCGUCGACUUGCUCAUGUUUGGAUUCUUCAGCAUCUUUUUCUACUCCUCUGUUCUGCAGAUUGUCUACGGAUGUCUGGGAGCACUUCUUUACGCUUUGUUUCUAGCAGUGGACUGUCAGUUGGUGAUGGGCAGGCAAAAAUACAGCCUCGAUCCCGAAGAAUACAUUUUCGCCGCUCUAAUUAUCUACCUGGACAUCAUUAUGAUAUUCCUCUACAUACUUAUGAUCCUGGGCGGAGGCUCCAAAAAUUAAACCCAUAUAUAAACACACACACACAAACACACACACA